AUGGCUAUUCCUACUACCACCAGUGAUAGUGCUGCUGCAGUUCCGACUACCACUCAUGUGGUACAGUUCAAUCCAGCUACCCAAUUACCUAUCAAACUGCAAGCGGGCUCUCCGGUGGCUGAUGAUGAACUAGUAGUCAAGAUUUUGAGUGAUCUAGGUCAUGAGUACCAUGAAAUCACUGCCGCUAUAAGAGCGCGCGACACAGCCCUAAGCUUUGAGGAGUUUUUCCAGAAACUCACGGAUCGUGAACUCUUUCUCAAACAUCAAGAUAUUGACAGGUUAUCCUCCAUCAUCACGGCUGCAGUUGCACAAAGGACCAACUUCCAACCCCAACAUCAUAAAAACAAUCGUCGCUUCCCAAAACAAUCUUCAAGACCACAAGCUCCACAACAGGAGGUCCCUGGAAAUCAACAGAAUGGGAGACUACCCAGGCAAGCGGUACAAUGCCAACUUUGCCAAAAGAUCGGUCACACAGCUGAUGUGUGUCGCUCAAAAUCGCACAACCACUUUGAAGCUAAGGUCAACUUUGUGUCAAAUCAUCACUCAGAUGCAAAUCCUUGGAUCCUUGUCUCUGGAGAAACUCAUCAUGUCACAACCGAGUCAGAUAAUCUUGAAGAAUACACUGGCGAAGUGUCCAUGGGUGACGGUAAAACUAUUCCCAUUGCUCACACUAGUUUUACUCAAAUUAAGGCUUCUAACUCCAAUUUCAUGCUCUCUAACACUCUUUGUGCUCCAGCUAUAAAAAAAUAA